AUGAAAAGUGGGCGUAUGGAGGAUACUACGAAGCUGAACAAGUCGCGGUUAGGGACUAGAGAAUAUUGGGAGGAGUUUUAUAGGGUUGAGAAGCGGAAUUUUGAAAAAGAUGGUGAAGAUAUAGGCGAGUGUUGGUUUUCUGAUACUAAUGCUACGGAAAAGAUGGUGGAAUUUUUGAAGGAGGUUGCGGCGCAUGGGUAUUUGAAGGAAAGUUGUUCGGUGCUUGAUGUUGGAAGUGGGAAUGGGCAUUUGUUGUUUGAAUUGGUAGAGGCUGGGUUCUGCGGGAGGAUGGUUGGUGUUGACUAUGCUGAACAGUCGGUUGAAUUUGCAGGGGAGGUUCUUAAACGACGUUACGGUGAUAAAGCGAAGCAGGUGAAAUUUGAAGUGGGGGAUGUGUUUAGUGGGGAAUGGCAGCCGGGGCGUUUUGAUGUUGUGUUAGACAAGGGCACUUUGGAUGCUAUUGCAUUGACUGAGGAAGGGAGGACUGCAGUGGAGAAGUAUGCAUCAGUUGUAGAUCGUGUUCUGGAACAUAAUGGGGUGUUCUUGAUUACUUCAUGCAAUUUCACUGAGGAAGAAUUGGUUGAGAUUGUAGAGGGGGCAAGCAGUUUAAGGAAGUGGAGACAUAUUGAGUAUCCGGCGUUUGUUUUUGGAGGGGUGAAAGGUAGUGUGCUUUGUAGUGUUGCAUUUGUGAAAGACUCAAGGUAA